AUGUCCGGCCGCGGGAAGCAGGGCGGGAAGGCGCGGGCCAAGGCCAAGUCGCGCUCGUCGCGGGCCGGGCUGCAGUUCCCCGUGGGCCGCGUGCACCGGCUGCUGCGCAAGGGCAACUACGCGGAGCGGGUGGGCGCCGGCGCCCCGGUGUACCUGGCGGCCGUGCUGGAGUACCUGACGGCCGAGAUCCUGGAGCUGGCGGGCAACGCGGCCCGCGACAACAAGAAGACGCGCAUCAUCCCCCGCCACCUGCAGCUGGCCAUCCGCAACGACGAGGAGCUCAACAAGCUGCUGGGCAAGGUGACCAUCGCGCAGGGCGGGGUGCUGCCCAACAUCCAGGCCGUGCUGCUGCCCAAGAAGACGGCGGGCGGAGGAUCGUGCUGCUCUCCCGGGCGGGCAGUGCCCGGGGCGGGGGCUGCGCUGCGGCGAACGCCCGCGGAGCAGAGCGGGGGCUCUGCCGAGCGCGGAAUCGCCCGGAGCCAAUCGUUGCCCGCGCGGGCUUUUCGAAAGAGCGAGGGCGCUUAACCCGCUCGCCGCCGGAGAUGGGGCCUGGCCUGGCUACAGAGGCCGCCAGCCCCCCCCCCGCGCAAGAGCGAGGUCCCUUCCACGCUCUGCCGGUUGAAGCGAACCCGGCGUAGCCACUGCAGCUUCCCCCCUUCGCGCAUGUGCAGGCAGGAGAAAACGAAGGAUCCGCCGCCCUGCAGUAGGAAAGUUGGCGAAACAGAGCCGGGUUUUGCCUUUUUCCUCCUU